AUGAGCAAUAGCCGAGAGAAAUCGCGUUUCUCUGCAGGGCCAGCAGGUGAAUACGAUAGCAGGUCCAGUUAUAGAAGAGACACAAGAGGUCCAAGAAGAUUUGACAGGGGUGAUAUGGGAGGCACAGAUGGUGGAAGAUCGCGCUACGGUGGACGCUCGUCAAGAAAUUUUGAAAACCGAUCUCGUUACCAAGGCGGCGGCAGGUACAGACAGGAGCCAAGAUAUGGAGACUCACGAAAGCCGGAAGAUGUUGACUGGAGCGCUGUUGUGUCCAUAAGCCAGCGUAGAAGAAUGCGGGAAACUCAGUGGGACAUGGCACCAAAAGGCUUUGAAAAGGUGCCCGCCGAAAGAGCGAAGCUCUCAGGUCUUUUCCCCCUCCCAGGCCAACCACAGGACCUUGACCGCUCGAAAUUGGAAGGUAUUGUUUCCAGCGGUGUUCUAACUCGAAGAACGCGCAUCCUUUUCGAAGACCCUACAGAGAGUAAUAUGAGCAAAACCAAGUACAAUCAAAUUUUGAUACUCACCAGUGUUGGAUCAAGCCCUGCCGAGAUGAACCAGCUAGCAGAGUACGUUAAGGAGUUUGUUAAACUUGUUGACGAGACGCAGGAGCUUAAGGAGCACAAGAUUUUGCAAGAAAACAGAUUGUACUUGCGCUUUAGCAGCGAGGAAAUUACCACGAUCGCGUUAAGUUGCCAAAAGUUCAUCGAAAGAAAAACCGGUUCGAAAUUUAUAUGGCAAAGACCAGGCGAAUGUGUCGAAAAGAAGGAACCAGUUGAUCCAAUUUGCGCUGGAAGUGUCAUCGCUUUGCAAGAACUGGGCGAUUGCACGGAAGAGGGGCUACAAAGCGAUCUAAAUCAGAGCGGAGUCGAGACAAACUGGUUGAAACUGAUCUCUCUGGGAAAAACUAACGAAUUUACUGGCACUGCACUGAUAGAUCCAAAAGCGAACGUUGAUGAGCUUUCCCAUUAUAAAUGGAUACGACCUAAUGACUGCAAAUUGCGCCAAGAUUUCACCGAGAUCACCUUUCAGCAGCUACCACAUCUUGUUGCUAGGAAGGAUCACGCUGAAUCGAGGGUGAUAGUCUUGCUGAAUUGCGUAGACCCGAUGGAUCUGAAAAACGAUGAGUUCGUCAAAGAGAUCCGCGACUCUAUGACCAGUUCGAAAACUAUGACGGCCUUGGGAGAGAUUGAGAGCGUGAAGAUCCCUCAGCCAGGUGCUGAUUACAGAACAAGUUUCGAGUCUAUCGAAGAAAGUGUCGGUAAAAUUUAUGUCAAGUUCAAGGAGCAGGAAAGCGCAAAGGCGGCUAUGAGCCAGCUAUCUGGUGUCUCAUUCAACGACCGGACAGUACUCUGCGCUUACUAUAGCGAGAGGGAUUACAACAUGGAUGUAUUGUGA